AGGAUUGGAGACACAAAAUCAGAAAUUAAGAUUCUAAGCAUAGGCGGAGGUGCAGGUGAAAUUGAUCUUCAAAUUGUCUCCAAAGUUCAGGCUCAAUACCCAAGAGUUUGUAUCAACAAUGAAGUUGUUGAGCCAAGUGCUGAACAAAUUGCCAAAUACAAAGAGCUUGUAGCCAAGACACCAAACCUUGAGAAUGUAAAGUUUGCUUGGCAUAACGAGACAUCAUCUGAAUAUCAAAGAAGAAUGUUGGAGAAAAAGGAGGUUCAAAAGUGGGACUUUAUUCAUAUGAUUCAGAUGCUGUAUUAUGUAAAAGACAUCCCAGCUACCCUGAAAUUCUUCCAUAGUCUCUUAGGUACCAAUGCUAAGAUUCUCAUUAUUGUUGUGUCAGGAAGCAGUGGCUGGGACAAGCUGUGGAGAAAGUACGGAUCACGCUUACCCCAGGAUGACCUCUGCCUAUAUGUCACAUCAGAUGACCUCACUCAGAUGCUGGACAACCUAGGGCUUAAGUAUGAGUGCUACGACUUUUUGUCCACCUUGGACAUAUCUGAUUGCUUUACUGAUGGUAAUGAAACUGCAGACCUGCUUUGGGAUUUUUUGACUGAAACCUGCAACUUUAAUGCCACAGCACCACCUGAUCUCAAAGCAGAGCUUGUGAAAGAUCUACAAGAGCCUGAAUUUAGUACUAAGAAAGAGGGGAAGGUUCUUUUUAAUAAUAAUCUGAGUUUCAUAGUGAUUGGGGCAUAACUAUCAAUCACAAAAGUAUAUUCAAAAAUUAUAUUUUGAACAACUCUGAUUGCUCAUUGAUAUCCAUAUUAAAAUUACAAACACCUACAUUAAUGUAGAUAAAGCACUGUUUGGAUAUGAGAAGUAGUGAAUUCCAAGACAUUAUUGGACUUCCAUUUGGAAUCAUAUGGGACACUGCUGGUCUUAUCCUGUCCCUCCUCCAGGAAGAGAGACCACAUGCAGGCUCAACAUAACAUAAGCUAGAAAAAUUAGAUGACUGAAUUUCUAUGGCAUAUUGAUAAUAAAAUUCAUUCCAUUUGCGGAUUGUCUGAAAUUUUUCUAGAAUAAUAAUAAAAUAUAUACUAUAGAUUCUUUAUUAGUGAAGUAUGCACUUAUCAACACUUUGAACACAAAGCCUGUGUUACUGAUUUGGCCAUUUUAUGAAGAAAUAUUUCUCUUUGUACAUUCUUCUAUUGUACUUUUCAUCUCAUUUUUAUUAAUUUUUAAGAGUAAGCACCUUUAGAAAUUAAAAAUUAAUUCUUUAUCAUGUGUUGUCAUUUCUUCCCAUUAUGUUUCUCUUAUAAUUUUAUCUGUGAAUUAAUAGCUUUUUGUUUAUAUUUUUGAUAUACUGAAGUUUUCUAUUAUAUUCAGCCAAAUUUUUUAAAGUCUGGGCUUUGACACAUUUUAAAAGACCUUCUAAAACCAAGGUUUUAAAAUACUAACAUUUUAUCAAAAUAAUAUUAUAGUUUUGCUUUUUUAAAAAAAUGUAAUCUUUAAUAUGUUUGAAAUUUAGGUAAGUAUAACAGUGAGAACAAACUGUUUCCCCUCAAAAUAAUAGCCAGAUAUAUAAACAAAAUUUAUUGAAGAACAAAAAAACACAAAACUAAAACCUGUUCUAGCUUAAAAUGCACCUUUUACCAGAUUUCUAGGAAUUGCGUAAAUGCAAGGUUCUAGCAAACCUUCAAUGCAUUUUGAUACCUUAUAGUUUCUUAUGUCACUCUUAAGACCUCCUGUGAGACCAAGAGUCAUUUGGACUGUAGGAUUUCAGGGGGGUUUUGAAAACAUAUUUGAUGUUUCUUAUUUUUAAUAAUAACCCUCUAUCAUUUUUUACAUAAAUAGUACAUAUCUUUAGAUAAGUAAAUAGCUAAUUUAAUAAUUAAUAAAUAAAUAUUUUAAGUAUGUAAAUAAUUAGUACUCCCUGUCAGAAACAAAACAAAAGUAAGGUUUUACUAAACAGCUCAUGAGCCCUCAUUCUGCCAAUGAGGAAGCCUUCAACCUGGUGUGAUACUCACUCUUUCAUGUAAUAGAGCUUCCAUGUAAUGCUGAUGUAUAAUCACUCUAAAAACUUAAACGACCCCUCUCAAUCACCUAGUUUAUCCCCAGGGAAUAUACUGGCAUAGAGAGCCUAUUUACACUAAUAAGCUACCAAGCUUUGUUGUUCAUAAUAAGUAAGACAGACUUGCAUUGUUCUCUCUUUUUUUUGGACAACUUCAUCAAUGCUUUUUGAAUUAUACGUUCCAACAAAUGAAACAACAGUUCUCCAAUCAGAUUCCUGAGUAUGAACACUGAAUCAUUAAUCAUACUGAUAUGUGCUACUGACAAAGGAAAUCUGUGAGGCACAUAUGAUUGAUGGGUAUUGGUCCAUGAAGACCUGGAAGAGCUUCACCAGAAAUAUGGAAAUCAAGACUUUACAGAGUCUUUUGUAUAAAGCACACGUGCAAAAACAAACAAAAAUAGAACUAACAAUCCUAUUGAAAGAUGCAAAACAAUUGCAGUCCAUAGAUUGGUGUUUGUAAAUAUGGCCUUUUUCUCGUCCUUGUUAAACCUUUAGUAUACAAGGAUAAAUAAAUUCUCACCUGCUUAAUUUUAAUGCAAUUGAAACACACAGCCGUUUUAAAGAGAGAAAUUCCAUGAAAACCUACUAGUUAGCAAUGGGAAGCUAUAUAAUUUCAAGGGAUAAACCUAUCCCUGAUUUCUUCUUGCACUGUAUGAUAUUACCAAAAUUUGGGGCAGUCACAUACUGACUUUUCAGGUUUGUUCUUGUGUUUCAGAAAAAAGUGCUCAGGGUGAAUUUGGAAUGUUGCUUUAUGUAUCAUGGAUCUCUCAGUGUUUAACAUGGUGCCUUGCAUACAGUAAAUGCUAAGUAAAGGGGCAUCAAUGAAUUCUUUCCUUCUCAAACAUUUAUUUUGUACCUUGUAUGUUCAUAUUAUUAUUAUAAACAGAGCUCAAGAAAGCCAACAAAGUUACGUGUUGCCA